GCGCGGGAGGGGGACGUGGGAAAUGGCCGCUCCUUUCCAUAUGUUCCUCACCCGCCUCCUCGCUACGCGCUGCCGUUUCCUGGCCGGCCCUGCCUCACUCCAUCAUACCCGCCGCAGGCGUGGGGAGCGACAGCGUUGCAAUGUCGGGGAAGAGGGGAUGGUGUUAUAGGCCGCCAUCUUCUCCAUUCUUCGGGAGAACACGGGAGACAAAUGGGGAGAUAGUGGUGCCGUGUGUGGGUUAAUGCUUUCUCCCUUUCAGUAGUGCCUCUCUGUACUGUAACGGGAGAAAUGGUGAUAGAGCUCCGGAGGUUAUCACGUGGUGUUCCCUGUACUUGUGCUAAUGCAGUUCUUCCUCCUCACUUCCACUUCCCAGCCCUGAACUCUUAUUUAAUUAUAAGUCACCCGAUCACGUACCAUGUUUCCUGAGAGGCCACAGGCCAUGGUGCGUGUGUUCACAUCAGGGCAUUAGAUAAUGUCUGUAGGCAAAGCAGCUUUCAACAAUAAAGUAUAAUCUGCCAAAAGGACACCAAUAGAAAGCAGCCCAUCUAGAUGCGCCAUAAAACAUGCUUAUUCAAGCUUAAAAGAACUAAUAGGUAAAUUGGGUUAGCAGUAAUAAUAAAGCCACACUAGUCUUAGCACAACACACAAGUGAGUUCUCUUUAGAAGGAGAAUUUUGUUGUCAAAAGUAGUAGUGUUGCCUUUAGGAUGUUUAUGGCAUACCUGGGGCCAUUUUUAAAGUUGAUAUUAAUGGGAAUUGACUUUUGUUAGAAAUAGCAUUGCUAAUAAAAUUUUCAUUGCUGCAUCUUUGAUACUUGGCAUCUGUCAUCCAGAAAGUCUGGUGACAUAUUUCUGCUCACGAUGCAUGUGUUCAUAGCUUUUGGACAAAAAGUUACAUGUGCCUUAUAAAUCGUGUGUACAUGGUGGUUAAAUUCAUCGAUAAGCUGAGUAAUUUUCUUCAAGCAUUUUGCAUUUAUAUCUUUUUUGAGAACAGCAUUCUGUUGUGUUUAUAGAUUUGGGUCAUUCUUCCUUAGUAAGUAUCUGGAAUCUACUUGUUUACCCUGUACUUCCUGUCUAAAGGUAGUGCCUAUGGUCUGAAUUUUUAAAAUUGUGGGAGUACUUAUGUCUUUCAUCAGUAGUUUAUUCUGGAAGCUGUGUUCCUUCCAGAUGCAUAAAAUUGUCUAGGUGAAUAUAUCUUCAGUGUUCGUAACUUUUUUGAAAGCCAGUACUGAUUUGAAUGAUUAAAUUCAAGGUCCUGAACUAAUGUUGGCAUGUAGCUGCGAUCUGACAGUUUUGGUAGAAAUAUGAGGAAACCAAAGUUUACCCAAAAAGUCUAAAUUGUGUUCCUCUUAGCUGUAAAAAUGUGUGUACACUACAGUACAUCAGCCUGUAGAAGAGAACAGGGCCAAAUAUUCAUGUAAUCAGAAGAAUCAAGUUGAAGGUGGAAGUUGAUCAUCAAAAGAUCUUGGCCAAUUGUGCUUUAAUACCAAGUGAACGUAGGCUCUAUGGCUUUGUAUUGUUGUGAAGAAUGGAACAGAGCAUGGUUUUCUUACGGUUACAAAGUAUUUUUGCCACAUAGCUGAUGUACCUUUAGUAUAUUUUGCUUAAGCUGUUCAUAUAGGUAGAUUUGCAUGCUUCCUUUUGUUCUUAAGUAGAUUUGCUCACAAAUUUUGCAUAUUAGAGAUGUUGUGAGAAGAUCUGUCUCUGAUUCCCCUGGUAUCUGUUUACGUUUUUAUAGUCCUUUGAAGCUUAUGACGAUGAACAGUCAUUCCUCAUUUGGGAUGCAGAGCUGUGUCCAUGAGGAGGCUUCUAGGAUUGUUUCUGCAACAACCACAGAGAGCAAAUAAGGCAGGGUGGUGCUAGCAGUUUUCUGCACUGAACUCCUGCCUCAGCAGAACUGGCCAGUUGGUGCCUACUUGUAGAUUCUAGUAUGCAUUCUUCAGGUUGCUCUGUACCUUUUUCUGGGUUGAAGUGUUCAGGAAAGAACUAAAGCAUUCAGGAUAUUAACUGUACUUUAUUUAACUUAUUUAUACUAGAGUGCAUUGUUCUACUUCUUGAAAGAGAAAGUUAAGUUGAGGAAACUGUUGGGAAGAGUGCCAGUCAUGGUUAAGCAGUUUGUCCAGAUGAUUUGCUAGUACUGUCUGGGAGGAGGUCAUACUUCUUCCUCUGAAAGUUCCCCCAGUGCUUCAUAUUUGAUGUUUGGGGGGUUCAAGCAUGGAGCUGGUAUGUUAAGAUAUAUAUGUAAUUAAAGUCAAGUACUUUCAGGGUUUUCAGGAUUUUAUUGUUGAAUGAGGAAGGGAACUGACUAGGAUUAUUCUAAAGGUAUACUGGCAUAGCUGUUGGUGGGCAUGAACUUGCCUAGCUACUUUUUAAACUCACAUAAACUUGCAAUAUCCACAACAUGCUGUGGAAAGAAAUAUCGUAGUUUGCCAUCUCUGUUAUGAAGAAGUUUCUCUUUAGAUUGUUGUGAACUUAACACAUGCAAACUUUGAUGUAUGUUUUUUAUGAAAAAGAAAGAAAAUGUCAUCAGUUAUUCUCUACUCAGUUUUGCCAUAAUUUUAUAGACCUGUGUUGUGACUCUUCCCCUGUCCUUUUUUCCCCUCAUCCUGAAGAACCCUCACUAUGGUGGUAAUAGUGUGUGUGAAAGCCUCUGUUUUUUUCCAGUGUGAACCACUGUACCAGAACAGAGUGCCAGGUAAUUUUGUUGUAUCUUUUUUAAGUUAAGCAGUGUUGAGGAGCAGUGCACCAUGGACUCUAGUGUCUUAUUUUUUUUGUAACAUCUCAACAUCCGGUAUGAUCUAUUUAUGCCUGGAAAUGUUUCAAAGAACAUCUGAAGACCUUUUUCCAAAGAUGGAAAGUUCAGUUGAAGAGAUGGAUACCUCUGAUACUCAGUGGGGCUGGUUUUAUUUGGCUGAGUGUGGUAAAUGGCAUAUGUUUCAGACUGAUUCAAAUAGUCAUUGCUCAGUUAGCAGUGAAGAUAUUGAAAGGAGCUUCAGAACAAACCCAUAUGGUUCUGUUUCUUUUACUACUGCAAAAUUUAACUACACACUAGACUUUUCAGAGAUGAAACAAACCAACCUAACUACCCUGAAACAACGUCCAAUAAAGCGAGCUCCCUUUUCUAUCAGUGCUUUCAGUUUCAUCUGUGAAAAUGAGUCCAUCCCUAUGCCUUCACACUGGGAGAACGUAAAUCCUGAGGAGCCGUAUCAGCUUAUUCCUUUGCAAAAGAAAACAAAUGAAUACAAUGAAGUUUCUAAUCUCUUUGGAAAAACAAUGGAUAGCCACCGAAUAAAAAGAAUAAAGAGAAUACAAAAUCUAGACUUGUGGGAGUUUUUUUGCAGGAAGAAAGCCCAACUGAAGAAGAAGAGAGGUGUGACAACUAUUAAUGAGCAGAUGUUAUUUCAUGGCACCAGUAAUGAAUUUGUAGAAGCAAUAUGUAUUCAUAACUUUGACUGGAGAAUAAAUGGAAUGCAUGCUGCUGUAUAUGGAAAAGGGACCUACUUUGCAAGAGAUGCAUCAUAUUCCAGUCGUUUCUGCAAAGAGGAUAUGAAGCAUGGAGAUACUUUCCAAAUUCAUGGUGUGAAUCUGCAGCCUCAUCUGCACAAACCAGAUAAAGUCAUGUUUCUUGCUCGUGUAUUAACUGGCGACUAUAUCAAUGGUGAUUCAAAAUACAUGAGGCCUCCUUCAAGAGAUGGAAGUUUUGUGAACUUGUAUGACAGCUGUGUGGAUAAUACUUGGAAUCCAAAGAUAUUUGUUAUCUUUGACGCCAACCAAAUCUAUCCUGAGUACUUAAUAGAAUUCUGUUAAGUUUAAUGAAGCUGAACUGAAUAUUUGUGUCUUUUUGGUACUUUUUUUCCUUUCACGAAAACAACAGCAUGAAAGCCCAAACUGUGAAAGGACAGAGGUGAAAGAAAAGCUAGCAUACGUUUAUGAAGCUGUUAAACAUUUAAGAGAGAUUGUCCAUCUGCUUUUAAAAAUUUGUAAACAAACUUCACUAAUGCCUUUUUACAACAUAAGGGAGUAUUACGAGUCUGAAAUUGCUUAGUGAAUGCAUUAGUAAGUUUUUGUUCAAAGACAAGACUUAUGUUCUGAGUUCUUGAAAAUAUGUUGCAAGUAGUUAUUUGUGUGAUAAUAAUAUGCUUGUAAUACUGUAUCUCUGUGAUUAAACAAACCUUUUAUAAAGAUUGUUUGUAGGACUUAAAUCCAAACCUUCUCCUAUAUGUAUGUAUGUGUGUUUUGUAGUGCACAUUUCAAGAUGUACAGGACCUAAUGAUCAACAAAGCUGCUACAUUUAGCUUGAAGGUAAGCUUCAGUUAUAUCCUUGCUUGGUUACAAAACUCUUUCACUACAAUUUCGAGUUUGCUUUUGACAAAAAUGAUGCCCUAGGGCUCUUGUGGUUUGUAGCUGUUCAGUGCUGGGAUGUCAUCACAGCCUUUCUGAACCUUUCUGAGUUCUUGCUCUGCAUUUUUGCCAUGUCACUGUAGUAUGUAUGUGCAUGCACGUAUUUGCAUGCAGAUUACAUAAUCUUGUCUGAUCACUGUUUAAGAAGCACUCAGUGCUGGUUUACUUGCUGUUACCAAAGAUGGCAUAGGUUAACUUCACUGCGAAUAACACAAAGUUUAACCAACAACAAAACUUUUCAAAAGAUGUCAUUCUUUCAUUUUUUAACACCUCAAUAAAAAAGGUUUUAAUAACAUAUGUUUAGAUAGGUUUUCCUAAUUUGUGUAGUUGUAAAAUUAAGGAGUGUUUUUGACAAAAAGGACAGAAGAAACUAUAAGUAGCAUAUGUAAGUAUCCAAACACAUGAAUAAGAGCUCGAAGAAGGGAGCUGUAACUAUGAUAUGUACUGAAAUCUUAGCUGAUUUGCCAUAAAAUUGUAUUCCUAGUGAUUUUAUUUGCUAAGAGACAUAAUGAGGAACACUAUGAACAUAAUGAAACAUAAAAAUGGAUUCGUUAAGCCUUCCAUGCUUCUUCAAGCUUACCUUUGGCUAUGUAACAAAUCCUUACGAACAGCAUUAAGGCAGGUAGGGACUAAUCUUCAUUGGUUUAUCAUGGAAUCGUUAACAGACUUCUUGGAACAAUGGCUGUAUUUAAAAUUCACUAUGUAUCUGGCUUCCUAACUGUCUCUGAUGUCUCGUCCUUUUCCCUUCUGUUGUUAUCUUUAGCUGUCAAUGGAACUUGCGCAAAUUGGAUGCCUGUUUAAAUUUAUAACUUUAUAGAAGGUUUUCCGUUUGAGAUAAAAAUGCAUAUUUUUUUCUUUAUCUUAGAUGAAUAUUUGAUCUCUGAUUCCAGCUGAGAACUGCAGGUCCUACAGUUGAAGCAUGGUUCAUGUUUGAUUCAUAAAUAUGCUAGCUGUGCACACUGUUUCCCACGCUGUGUAAAAUAGCACAUCACAUAGAGAGUUUUUAGUUACAUUCGUUACAUUGAAUUUCAUUCUUAACCAGUAGUCUACGGCAUACGUCCUUCAUGAAACUAGCAGAAACUCAUGCUGUUGUCACUUUGAUUUGUUCUUUUAUUUCUUCUGAAGUUUGUACUGAUCUUUAACUAGGAAGCAAAGCUUUUUUUGUUGUCUUGCUUUAUUUUGUUGUUUUUUUGGUUUUUUUUUUAAGGGUCUCAUAGUCACAAAAUAUCAGCUGAUCAACUGAAGUAUCUUUUCCAAUAGUUCGUAUUCUGUUCUCUUUUUUACUACUUAAUUAAAUCAAAUGGCAGAAUCUUACCAAAUCACUGCACAAUUGUAGUUUCAGCUCUUAUUGAAUGUGCGUUCUGAUUACCAGUGAUUAUCUUUGUGCUGAUGAAUGUUGAUACUUAAACUAUGUCUUCCUCUUGCUGGCAAGGGGAGAGAGAUUUGUAAGUGCAAGUAAAAUCCAGAAAGGUAAUGGUAACCAGUACAAGAAAUAGUUGGGCUUAAUAAAAGGAACAUUGAAAGAGGAAGAAUUUUUUUUUUUUUUUUUUUUUUUU